GUGUCCUGUGGCAAAUGCGGCAACGGGCUGGGCCAUGAAUUCCUCAACGAUGGGCCCACCAGGGGCCAGUCCCGCUUCUGAAUAUUCAGCAGCUCGCUGAAGUUCGUCCCGAAAGGCAAAGCAGACAAGGACCUGAAGGAGAAGUAA